CAGUGAUUCAAUAAUUCAAUGGCGACGGCGACGGCGACGGCGACGGAGGCAGAGAAAUCGGUAAUUGUGGUGGGAGUCGACGAUAGCGUGCAUAGCUUCUACGCUCUCCACUGGGCUCUCGAUCACUUCUUCGCCCCCUUCGCUUCCAAUUCUCCUUAUAACCUAGUUGUUGUUCACGCCAAGCCCAGUCCUACUUCCGUUGUCGGAUUCGCUGGACCUGGAGCUGCCGAUGUUUUGCCCUUCGUGGAGAAGGAUCUCAAAACGAUAGCAGCUAGAGUUAUUGAGAAGGCGAAGGAGAUCUGCAUCAGUAAAUCGGUUAAUGAUCUGCUAGUGAAAAUGGUGGAAGGAGAUGCUAGGAAUGUUCUCUGUGAGGCCGUGGAGAAACACCACGCAUCCAUAUUGGUGGUGGGCAGUCAUGGUUAUGGAGCUAUAAAAAGGGCUGUUUUGGGCAGUGUAAGUGACUACUGUGCUCACCAUGCUCACUGUUCUGUGAUGAUUGUGAAAAAGCCCAAGAUCAAGCAUUAAGCUCUCCAGAUGAGUGCGUGGACCGGUGCACAUCCAUUCAAUUCUUGAAAGUAAUCACCCAAUGGCAUUGACAACGUUGUAUCCAAGUUUUUCCUCUGAAGUGAGUUUCAAUUGUCCUGACUUGUGAAUAUGCAUAAAAUAGCAUGUUUGAGACUGAAAUAAAUAUUUCACUUCAGCUUUC